CGACCGAGCGCCAUAUUGUUUGCGGUGUCGAGCAGUCGAGCACGUCCUUCGUCGUAAGCUCUGAGUGCGGCCUCGUGUCCGGCGUACCCCUGUGGCUAUAGCAAGUGUAUUACGACAGCGACAAACAUUUCGCGCAAAAGCAACAUGAAGAAGACCAAGGAUGUGUCGGACGAGGACGAGUAUUCGGCGGACGAUCCAGACGAGGUCGAAGGUGCCUCCGAGGAGGAGUGGACUCCCGAGGCUGGACCCGAGAGUGGUGCUAAAAUAAGGCCACAGAGGGAAACAGCAAAGAAGCGACAACACUCUGAGGAAGAAGAGGAAGAGGAUGAAGAUGAGGGUGAGUCAGAUGAUGAUAUUGACGAAGAGGAUUCAGAUUCUGAUACAGGGAAGAAGCCAAAGAGGAAAAGGCGCUCCAAGAAAGAAGAUGAUGAAAAGGAUUCCGAGGAAGACGAUUCUGACAACAGUUUCAAUGAGUCAUCAGGAGAGGCUCCAAAGGAUUACACAUCUGGUGCAUUUGUUGUUGCGAAAACUGAUGUUGAUGGAGUUAAUGAUCCACCUACAUUAUGGAGGAUAGAUGGAAAAGCACUGUUGCAAAAGUUCUUACCAUUUAAGGAAGAUGGCAAGACAUUGUACAAAAGCACAUCGACAUACUCUGGGUGGUCAGUUAAUAACAAAGACAAUUACUUAGUAGCCCAUGUGACCUUUAAAGUGCAAAGUAGAGCAGAGACAAUUGUUGAACUUCAUCUUUUUCAACAACAAGAAGUAAAGGACGAAAAAGAAGACUAAAAACUAGGUCGAGUUUGCUCUUAAUUUGUUUAUAUACGUUUUAAGGUAUGCUAAGGGAAAAAGAACACAUCUACAUGUACACACAGAACACUGUUCAGAAGACAUAUUUGCGAUUUACACACAGAUCCAGUUAAUGACAUAGUACUGUAGCAGGUUCAUACUUAAAAGGAUAAGAUUGGGUGGACCAUGGCUCUGAGUUUAUUACUGGGGGGUAGCUUUAGCUAUAAUUGAUAUCUCUGACAGAUGUAUAUGUGUGAGCUUCAAUUACCAAUAGAGCUACUCACAAGCAGCGUCGUAUUACAGAGUUUGAUGAAUACAAUAACCGAUAAUUUAUCAAAUAUUUUACGUUAUUGACGGAGAAAUUAAUGUUACCUAGUAUAACGGAUGCAUGUUGGUGUUCAUUUUUUUUUUUCUUUUUACGACGCCACAUCGUUAGUCUACUCUUCAUAAUUUAAACUCUAGUUUAGAUAUGCAACAUUGGCCUUGUGACCUAUAUGGCCAAUUCGAGCACGCCCUUAGACAGAGAUAAGAACCGGGACUGUUGCUAACAGUACUGUAAUAGAAACUAAAAAGUAUUCAAUACGAACAAAAGAAUAAAAUAAUAAAGUCUUCUCAAACAAGACAAGUUGGAGUGAAUGUAAAAUAUGAUCCUCCUUUUCUCAAUCAGAUUUAGAAUAAAAAAAAAAUAUUAGUUGAUACCCAAGUGGCACAAAGAAUAUAGGAUUCUACAAAUUAUAUACAUACAUAUGUAUUACGGUUCAUACCACUGCUGUGGGCGGUGCUGGGCCAGUUUUGGUGUGUACAUUUAAUCUUAAGAUGUAACAAAAAUUAGGGAACUUCCAGUAAUUAAACAAUCUGCAUUUAUAUCCCUCACAUGAUUUUUGAAAUAAUCGAUUAUAUAGACGAGAACUUUUGUAUCAUUAUUGAGACAAUGAACUUUUUGUCUCUAUCACGAACAUAAUUUAAUUUUAUGAUAUAUUUAUGACGUUGCGUUACCACACAUAUCGAUCUCCAAGAAUCGCGACAUACUUUUACGAUUAUAUUUAUAGCUCAAGGUAAGGAAAAGAGCAUGUCUUGAAUGUUUUUUUCGGUAGAUUUCUUUCCUACAAAACGUUACAAGCGGUAUCUUUAGGAGAUAAAUUUCACAGACACGAAACGUGCUUAACACAUAUAAAAAAGAAACUCAAUUGUGGCAAAUAUUUAUUGAGUUUCUCCACAAUUAUACAUUUUGUACCUUACUUUCUACAAUGCUCUUACGCUGUUUAUAUAACUACUUUCUAUAUAUUUUACGUAGAUAAUACAUAUCUUAUUUAGACUUCAUCACUUAAUAUUGUGCAAGAAAUCAGAAAAAUACUAUAGAUAGAUUUCAUUUAGAGAUUUAUUAUGUGAAAGAUAGUGUCCCAAAGUUUCCCAUUUGUACUGAAUCAUAUUGGUUGAGUAGUCGUAUAUAUCUGUGUUAAUUACGAUUUCACGCGACCAUAUAUCAUUAAACGCAGUUUUUUUUCAUUAAGUGACGAUACGAUCAAUUAGGACACCUGUUUCUACACAAUCAUCUUGACUGACCCUCGCGACAUUGAUGGUUCAUACAUAUAUGAUGGUGAUCAUAUUACGGUGUCUGGGUCUGAGCUGAGAUCUAAACACCAUCCAGCAAGUGUUAAUGACGUCAGAAGCGAGAAUAUGCAUGUUCAAAAAUUUUUUAGCAAAAUUCGUUUUUGAACGGGAAAUAUGAAAUUGAUAAAGUGACAAAAAUUUGUAACUAAAACAUAACACAGGUUACGUUAAUUUUACAAUUAUUUAUUGAUUAUCAGAACAAAGGGAAAGUGUUUGUAAUAUUUUACAGAUCUAUCUCAAUUGAUUACAAGCGCCGUUUUAUGAAUGUCCUUUUAUUCCAAUGCAUCCCGCAAGUAUUUUCUCACUUCUGAUGUCAUCGAUCAAGAUGACCGCGGCAAGCGAUCAGAAGUCUUAACAAAAAUGAAUAAAACCGCACUUAGUAAUAUCAGAUAAACUUCCAAUCGAUGUUGUUAGCAUUUUAAGCAUUAUGCAAAAAGAAAUGGACAGACAUAUACAUUUCGUAACAAUAUACAUAUUAAUUUAAUGUA